AUACAUUAAUUCAUGGUUACACAUUACAUUCAGUUUUCGGAUGGUAAAGACCGAGAUCUGUCUUCAAGAAGCAGAAGUCAAAUUGAAGCCACGCCCGCAGAUAGCAUUGAUGAAAAGGAAAUAAAACCAAACCCUAACACCGAAAAUUCACCAACAGAAAGUGUAAUUGAUGUUGAAAGUCACGUAAAAGACGCAGAGGUGAAAAAUCAACGACUUCGGUUGCCCUCUAGAAAACUGUACGAAUCACAAGACACAGAUAUUGUCGAAAAGGCAGAGGAAACAACAGAUGAUAAAAAAAGAAAGGUACCGUUUUACGCAACAUUUUUUAAUUUUUAUUAUUACUGGGGAAUAUGA